UUGAAUGUGUAGCGUCGUCAGCGUAAUUUAUAUUUUGUUAUUUUUAUUGCGUGUAAAAUGCAAGAGAUGGGUGACGAUGUAAUAGCUGUUGCAACACAACAGGAUAUCACAGCUCGCUUGGCGGCUCUGACUCGCUGGCAGGAAGAGCAAAAGCGAUUAUUAGAGGAGCGGCAAAACAAUCAGCGCUUAAUGUUGGGCUUGGAGCAACGCAAUAUGUACGAAAUGCUAGGACUUUUACAGAACGACUUUAAACCACUUGACGACAGCAUUUUGGAUGAAGCGGUAUCAGGAGACGAGCAAUCAAGUAUACAAAUGGUGCGGGACCCCGACGACCAGUCGCACGACGAAGAUGAAGCGGCGGCACAGCAAGAAUUUGAAUUCGCUGAAGCUGCUGUCGCACAGGAGCACACCAGUCCACGACCUCAAAAGCCUAAGCAACCAUUUUUACGUCGUGGCGAGGGCUUAAAGCAGCGCUUUAAGGUUGACCCCGAUAAAUUGCGUCUUAACAAUCUACCACGCUAUAAGUUCGCCAAAGCGCAUCCGCAUCUCCGUGCCCCAGAACCGGGUAAAUUUCAAAAGCGUGGGAUUUUGAAGUCGCAGAAGGACCCUAAAGUGGUGGAAGCAACUGUACCCAAGCCAGCGGCAAAGCUAUCGCUCAAGGAGCAACAUUUCCAACAGACUCUAAUGUCGCACAAGAAUGUAGUCAGCUCCACGCCGGAUAUGAAGUCUUCUUGCUCCUCUUCCAGCAAUACCAAUGCAAGUAUUUCGCCAAAAGUUCGCUUUGUUGAGCAAAAGGAAGCGAGUCCUGUCAUAGCACACAGUGCUGACGACGAACAGUCUAACACAGAUACAGCUUCCAGUGCUUUGACGAAUAUUUGUUGGGCCAAGGUGCUGGACACGCAGCAAAUCAAGCCGCCAAUGUUACAGCGACGUACAGCACAGAUACGUGUAGAGAAUGAGGACAAUGUGAGCAUCUUUGAGUUGCUAGAGCAGAAGGCACGCGAGGGUAACAUUGAUAUGAACUCGAGUUGUAUACGCACAUUCAUGGCGCGCAAGGAGCACCGUAGACAAUUAGAUAACGAUGACAGUGAUCAAUUUGUGGUGACGCAGAUGCGUGAAAUGCGCUUGCAGCCAGAAGUGCCCGAUUUAAUUGACGAGCAAGAUGACCAAAAUACCAAUAGCACGCUGACCAUGACCCCUUUGAGUGCUAGCAAAGCGCAGGUGCGUGUUCGUUUUUCCGAUUCCAACGAUACACAUGAAUACACGGACGAGACCACACUGCAGGAUGGCUCCAAUGUGCAGCUUUUUGAGCAGUUUAAAGCCGCGCUCUUUCAAGCACUCGAGCAAAAGAAGGCACCGCCGCCGGGAGAGGAACCACUCUCACAAGAACUGCAGACCAAAGCCCAACUUGUGCGUGAGCGUCUGCAAGAGCUAGAAAUUGAAAUUGCCACUUUUAAAGAGCAAAAUGCACAACUACUGCGCAUGAAGCAGCAGCAUGAGCUGGAUAAAAACAGAUGCAUACAAGAUCAUAUGGAUGCCAUGGGUCGCGUGCAUGAUGAGAAAAUACAAGCGGAAAUCUAUUUGCAUGACGAGCGCAUGAAGAUUGAGGAAGAGCGUCGCAAAUUUGAACAGCAAAUGCGCAUGCAAAAAAGCAACAUUAACAGCAAAGAGAAAAAGGAGGUGGCCACGCUCAAGCAGGAGAUAGAGGCACUGCAGCUGCAGCUGAAACAAAAAGAACAAACGCAUGUGUCAGCGCAGGCGCGUUUACGUGCUCAGCUGCGCGCCAUGGAAAAGGAGCAGCGACAUUUCAGUGAUGAAAUCGAGUUGCUCAAACGCGAGAACAAACGACUGGAGCAGGAGCUAGUGAAGAUUACACGUGAGAGUAACAGUAAAAUGCUCCAGGAGAUAAAUCGUAAUAUAGCGCGUUUGGCACCCAAGUUGCAGGAGAAGCCACAACCACAACCAUUACUACAACCAAAUACGGAUGAAAAUGGAAGACGACAGAGUAAAUCUUUGGGUAGCACUGCUCAGGAGAAACCAGGCAAACAACGAGCUGGGAAUCGUCGUCAUAGCACUGGGCGCUCUGUAAAAAGAACCGAAAGAGUAUCUGAAAACUACGACUCUAGCAGCUCCUGUGAUAUGGAAGAAGUGCUUGCGUUUCCAGUGGCUGAGAAACCAAGCGAGAAACCAGCUAAAGAGAGUAACAACAAUAGUCAAAACAACGAUAGCAAUAGUGGCGUUGAAUUGAGUCGUGUAAUUGACAAUGCUGAUGGAAGCAAGGAUGUCUGGUAUCCCAAUGGCAACCUAAAGAAGAUAAGCGCCGAUGGCAUGAACAUGCGCAUGCUUUACUUCAACAAGGACAUAAAGGAAACAGAUAUACGCGGCGGUACAGUCAAGUAUUAUUAUGCGGAAACAAAUACCUGGCACACUACCUAUCUCGAUGGUCUAGAAAUUCUUGAGUUUCCCAAUGGGCAGACUGAGCAUCGCCAUAAGAAUGGCAUCAUUGAGACACACUUCCCUAAUAAUUCCAUUAAAAUUACUGAUCCCAAUGAUGCAGAGAAGCUGGAAGAGUGGCGCUAUGCGGAUGGCUCAUAUCUGGUGCAGCUGCGCAAUGGUGAUAAGAUCUUAAGUCUGCCCAAUGGCCAAAAAGAGAUACACACCAAAUUGAACAAGCGUCGCGAGUAUCCUGAUGGCACUGUCAAGCUUGUGUAUCCAGAUGGCAGUCAGGAGACGCGCUAUUCCAAUGGGCGCGUACGUCUUAAAGACAAGGAUGGAAAUCUUAUAAUGGACACAGACUAUGCAAAGUAUUAGUAUAUAAGUAGGCUCUAACAAUUUGUAUUUAUUUUGUUUAAGGUUUUGUUAAACUUAUAAUCAAAAACAAAGGUUUACUGA